AUGCGGUCCAUCACCUCAAUCUCUGCUUUAGUUGCGACAAUUCUCUAUGUCUUAUGUGGAUUCACGUCUGACUGCUUCACUCUGAGCCGCCCUAUGAGAUCCAUUCCUGACAGAUUGCGGACGAGGAGGAGCUUUGCAUGUAUUGCUGCAUGCUUCGGCUUUCUGGCUGUGGUGAACGCCCGUUCGAGUCCAGGGAGCAGCACUGAUAGCAGUGUCGAUGCUCUGCUUUCGAUUAUGGCGGAUUUUGGGUACAACCAGUUGCUUGCUCAGAGUUGGAGAGGGAAUAUGCUGUGUGAGUGGUACGGGGUGCAUUGCCCUAACGGUCAAAUCUGGGGUAUCACGCUGCCGUUCAUGAACUUGACAGAUAGUAUCACAAACGGUUUACAGAUCUGA